AUGCUUCGGCUGCUAAGUUCCCUCCUGUUUGUAGCCCUUGCCUCGGGCUGUGGCAAAUCUGCCUAUCGCCCCUCCAGCCGAGUGGUCAACGGUGAGGACGCAGUGCCCUACAGCUGGCCCUGGCAGGUCUCCCUGCAGUAUGAGAAGAAUGGGGCCUUCCAUCACACUUGUGGAGGCAGCCUCAUCGCCCCUGACUGGGUCCUGACUGCCGGCCACUGUGUCUCGAGCACCCUGACUUACCAAGUAGUGUUGGGUGAGUACAACCGAGGUGUGGAGGAGGGUCCUGAGCAGGUGAUCCCCAUCAACGCUGGAGACCUCUUUGUGCACCCGCUCUGGAACGCCAACUGUGUGGCCUGUGGCAAUGACAUCGCCCUCAUCAAGUUGUCACGCAGCGCCCAGCUGGGAGACACAGUACAGGUCGCCUGCCUCCCUCCUGCUGGAGAAAUCCUGCCCAAUGAGGCACCCUGCUACAUCAGUGGCUGGGGCCGCCUCUACACUGGAGGACCUCUCCCUGACAAGCUGCAGCAGGCCCUGCUGCCCGUGGUGGACCAUGAGCACUGCUCCAAGUGGGACUGGUGGGGCAGCAGCGUGAAGCGGACCAUGGUGUGCGCUGGCGGAGACACCCGCUCCGGCUGCAAUGGUGACUCUGGAGGACCCCUCAACUGCCCCGCUGAGGAUGGCAGCUGGCAGGUCCAUGGUGUGACCAGCUUCGUGUCUGCUUUCGGCUGCAAUACCCGUAAGAAGCCCACGGUCUUCACCCGAGUGUCAGCCUUCAAUGACUGGAUCGAAGAGACCAUGGCAAGCCACUAG